AUGUCCACAGUCAAGACUCUUAUUGCAGUUGCUAUCAAGAAACAUUGGCCUAUGUUUCAAUUAGAUGUAAAUAAUGCAUUUUUGCAUGGUGACCUUGAUGAGGAGGUUUUUAUGAAGCUUCCUCCUGUUAAACUGUUUCUUCCCCUUCUACUUUUUGGCAGUUGGUUUGUAGGCUGCACAAAUCUCUCUAUGGGCUCAGACAAGCCUCCAAGCAAUAGUAUGCCGAGCUUUCUCAGACCCUAUCUUCUAGAGGUUUCUAGGGGUUCUAUUGUGGUGCUUGUUGUUUAUGUGGACGACAUUAUUUUUAUUGGCACUGAUAGUGCUGAAAUUUCUGAUCUUAAGUCUUUUCUUCACCAUCAAUUCAGAAUUAAGGAUUUGGGAUAUCCCAACUAUUUUUUGGGCAUAGAGGUGUUAUACUCAGCUUCAGUCUCCUUGUAUGCCUCAUUUGGAAGCUGGUUUCCAUUUGCUGAAGUAUUUGAAGGGUACUGCUGCCGAGGCAGCCUUGUAGGUUGGAAGUCUAAGAAGCAACCUGUGGUAUCAAUGUCCUCUGUUGAAGUUGAAUACAGGGCCAUGAGUAAGGCUGUCAGUGAAGUUACUUGGUUGCACAUGUUACUUCUGGAUUUGGGUGUUCCUUGUUCUUCUGUUAUUCCUCUAUUUUGUGAUAGGCAAGUUGCUAUUCAUAUUGCCAAGAACCUUGUUUUUCAUGAGCAUACUAAGCAUAUUGAGUUGGAUUGUCAUCUGGUCAGAACUAAGCUUGCUGAAGGCCUCAUUCAAUUGCUUCACACUUCUUCCUCUACUAAAUUGGCUGAUAUCCUCACCAAAACCUUGCCUGGUGCUGCUCAUCAUGGCAUUCUGUCUAAGUUGGGGGUUUUAUCACCCUCCAACUUGAAGGGGGGUGUUGGAAAUAUUGACAUUAGUCCGGAUUAG